ACAGACACUAGCUGUCAUCUGUCAAAGGCAUUUAUUGUGAAAUCUCAAACGUAUUGUGAUCUUCAGACUUUAGAUUGUGGUUUAAAAAAAAAUAAUGCAACCCUAUAAAGAUCCACCACCCCCCUAUACUGUGGAGCCUUCGGUGGAGCCUCUUCCAGGGGUGCACCAGCAUUACAGCUACUACCAACCAACAGCGCCGCCAACGAACGUGGCCGGAGUGCCCUCUUACGGAGCCACAACGACCACUACCACCAUAAUCGUACCCGAUCCAGAGGUCAUCAUCGUCGGGGCCUGCCCCGUUUGCAGGGUCGGCGUUCUUGAAGACGACUUCACCUGUCUAGGUGUUCUAUGUGCCAUUUUAUUCUUUCCAGCGGGAAUCCUUUGUUGUCUCCUCCUGAAGGAGAAGAAGUGCUCCAACUGCGGGGCUACUUUCGGUUAAUCAUCACACAGAUCGGUUGAGUUGUGAAAUACAUUGUUGGUUAAUCAAUGUACCUUGUUAUUAUACCUAAGAGGAUUAAUAGUCGUAGAUUGUAAAUAUAUUAAAAUGUGUAUGUUUGCAUAAAUGGAAAUGCCAUCAUCAUUGCUGCUGAUAAUUCGAAUCAUUUUUUGUCUUAAAGCUAAACGAGACAAAAUAUUUGUCAUUCAUAUGGUUUGACAAUCAAAACUUUUAGUAAUUACUUGGUUUCAAGUACACUGAAAAAUAUUUCUAUAAUAGUCAAUUAGGCAAGUUGUUGAUGUAAUUUUGUAUAUUAAUUUCCUUUAUAGUUCCACUAGCUUCAGAUUAUAUUCAUCAUUUAUCCCGCUUCUGAUAGCGUGACAAAUUAAAAGAAAAAAGAAACACAAUCAAAAUAAUUGUGAUAAAACUAUUUGCCCUUACAACUAAAGUUGCUGUUCCGCAACUGUAUUGGCUUUCUUUAACUUUCUGAAUAUACCAUUUAUUGAAAUAUAGAGGCAUGUUAGUCAAAAAUUCAUUCCUAAAAAUCUAAGCCUAGAAUGAGUAUGUUGCAUUUGCUGGUGAAAUAACUACCAUCAUAACCUUUGUUCUGAAACAUCACUUUAAAAAUUUGAAAUAAUUUCGUCCAGGACAGCAAUUAGUCACUGCCUAAAAGACAUGGUAAACAAAAUUAGAGAUUAUUGGACCAGUUAAAACUACCGAAAAUAUAAAUAAGGUUUUAACAGUUAGAUUCCCUGGAAAAUACCAGAAGCUGACCAUGUACAAUGGUUUAAAAUUUACAAAAACUGAAAUUUUACACACACACAUUUUUAAUUAAAUUGCAUUUGUAGAUGGACAUGGUAAAUUACAUGUUUUGUUGUAUUUUACAUCACAAUCUAGUUUGUCUACCUCAUCGUAAGCUAAGAAAAGCAAGUUUCACAAACCAUAUCACAAUGGAUAUUAGUCACAUAUUAUUUUGGUUGGUAUAUUUGUUAAGUAAUGUUCCUAUAGUUUGUUAAGAUUCUACUAACUCAUAUAUAAAUGUUUUAAUGUUAUUACUUAUGUGUUAUAUCAUUGUACUAGAUAUUUUAUGUUAAUAAAUUGUUUUACUUUAUUUUAUGA